UAAAUUCUACUUACUCUUAUAAUUUUCAUUCUUUAUAUUUUGUGAAUUAAACAUUAUGAAUCAAAGUAGCUCUCCUGCUAGAUCCGAUAGAAAUAUAGAUCCAAUGACAUCCCCUGCACCAGAUAUAGAUGAACCUUUUGAAGAUGAAAGUGAAUUACUUAAUGAAGAUAAUGAUAUUAAUAAUGAAGAAGAAGAAGGAGAAGAAUUAUUUGGAGAUAACAUGGAGGCGGAUUACCGUCCUAUGCCAGCUCUUGAUAGAUAUGAUCCAGCCAUGCUUGAUGAUGAUGAAUAUUCUGAAUUGUCUCAAGGAGAACGUGUUGCAGCUGAAAUAGAAAUGCGAAAAAGAGAUCGCGCAGCUGGAAUUAUAAGAGAUGAUAGAGAUUUACUUUAUGAUGAGACAGAUGAAGAUGAAACACAAACUCACAAACGACGCAUGGCUGAGAAGGCUGCUACUGGUGAUAUUGAUGACAUAGAGAUGAUAGAAUCUAUAGAAAACUUAGAAGAUACGAAAGGUCAUUCUAUCAAGGAAUGGGUUACAAUGUUAGGACCACGAACAGAAAUCUCCAAUCGUUUUAAGAGUUUUUUACGUACUCACACAAAUUCAAAAGGACAGUAUAUGUACAAAGAACGUAUUCGUCACAUGUGUGAAAGUAAUCAGUCCAGCUUUAUUGUGGAAUUCCCUAUUCUUGCAAGUAAAGAACAUGUUUUGGCUUAUUUUUUGCCAGAAGCUCCAUUUCAAAUGUUACAAAUAUUUGAUGAAGUAGCCAAAGAAUUGGUAUUAACUAUUUUUCCUAGUUAUGAAAGAGUUACAAGUGAAAUUCAUGUUAGAAUAUCAGAACUUCCAUUAAUAGAAGAAUUACGCACAUUUAGGAAACUCCAUCUUAAUCAAUUAGUUCGAACUCUUGGUGUUGUGACAGCUACAACAGGAGUGUUACCACAAUUAUCUGUCAUUAAAUAUGACUGUUCUAAGUGUGGAUAUGUUCUUGGUCCUUUUGUACAAUCUCAAAACUCAGAAGUCAAACCAAGUUCUUGUCCAGAAUGUCAAAGCUUUGGUCCUUUCAUGAUUAAUAUGGAACAAACAAUAUACAGAAAUUAUCAAAGAAUAACAAUUCAAGAAUCUCCAGGUAGAGUACCUGCAGGCAGAAUACCAAGAAGUAAAGAUUGUAUUUUGUUGUCUGAUCUUUGUGAUCGAUGCAAACCAGGGGAUGAGAUAGAUCUUACUGCUGUAUAUACUAAUAAUUAUGAUGGUUCUUUAAAUACAGAACAGGGGUUUCCAGUGUUCUCUACAGUAUUAUUGGCUAAUUACUUAUUUGUGAAGGAUUCUAAAGAAAUUGUAGAAUCUCUAACUGAAGAAGAUAUUGCUAGUAUUCUUGCUUUGAGUAAAGAUCAUCGUGUUGCCGAUCGAAUUGUUGCAAGUAUUGCUCCCUCUAUAUAUGGACAUGAAUAUAUUAAACGAGCACUAGCAUUAACCAUUUUUGGAGGAGAAGCAAAAAAUCCUGGUAAUAAACACAAAGUAAGAGGAGAUAUAAAUGUUCUAAUCUGUGGUGAUCCAGGAACAGCUAAAUCUCAAUUUUUAAAAUACAUUGAAAAAAUAGCUCCGAGAGCAAUUUUCACAACAGGUCAAGGGGCUUCUGCUGUAGGUUUAACCGCUUACGUACGUCGAUCACCUAAUACACGAGAAUGGACAUUAGAAGCUGGUGCUUUAGUUUUAGCAGAUCAUGGUGUUUGUCUAAUUGAUGAAUUUGAUAAGAUGAAUGAUCAAGAUAGAACAUCUAUACACGAAGCUAUGGAGCAACAAAGUAUCUCUAUUUCAAAAGCAGGGAUUGUUGCAUCGUUGCAUGCUAGAUGUUCAGUAAUAGCUGCAUCCAAUCCAAUUGGAGGCAGAUAUGAUGCUAGUAUGACCUUCUCAGAAAAUGUAGAUUUAUCAGAACCAAUUAUUUCCCGAUUUGAUAUAUUGUGUAUAGUUAAGGAUGAAGUGGAUCCUAUGCAAGAUAGACAUUUAGCUAAAUUUGUAGUAAAUUCGCAUAUUAAACAUCAUCCAACAAAUUCAGAAAAAACAGUACCAACAGAAUCAGUGGAAACAACACAAAAUCUAUCUAUUCCUCAAGAUCUUCUUAAAAAGUACAUUGUUUACGCAAAACAAAAUGUUCAUCCUAAAUUAACUAAUAUUGAUCAAGAUAAAGUAGCCAAACUAUAUAGUCGUUUAAGACAAGAAAGUUUGGCUACUGGAAGUUUACCUAUAACAGUAAGACACAUUGAAAGUAUAAUUCGAAUGGCUGAAGCUAGUGCAAAAAUGUAUUUACGAGAUCAUGUACAAGAAGGUGAUAUUAAUCUUGCUAUUAGAAUGGUUUUAGACAGUUUUGUUGAUACACAAAAAUACUCUGUUAUGAAAAGUAUGCGGCAAACAUUUCAAAAAUACUUAUCAUACAAAAAAGAUCAUAGUGAACUUUUGUAUUAUAUACUUCGACAAAUUACAUUGGAUACAUUAGCAUUUCAAAAAGCCUUACAUGGGAAUCGAAUUACAACUCUUGAAAUAUCGGAAAAAGAUUUAUUGGACAGGGCUAAACAGAUUGACAUACACAAUUUACAUCCAUUUUAUGAAAGUGAUAUUUUCAAAACUAAUAAUUUUGUAUAUGAUUCUCGAAGAAAGGUAAUUAUUCAAACUCUUCCUGAAACUAUUGAUGACUGAGAAAUCCAUGAAAUAUUUAAUUAUUUUAAAUAAUAUUUCUUAAUUUUUUUUCAUCAUGAAUGCAUUUUUACGAAUUAAUAAGCUUUUAUUUUAUAGACAUUUUAUAUGUAUUCAUGUAAUUGUUUAUACAGCUAUUUUAAUAUUAAACAUUUGUAAAUGAAAUAUUUACUAAAUUACAUAAAGUUUAUUGUACAUUAUACAUUUGUUUC